AUGCCUUUCUCUUAUGGGUAUAAUCCCAACUCAAACUCUACCUGGAUCUCCAGCCAGGAGGAUAUGGCUUCUCCGGGCUGGAGCCUCGACUCAGUGGAGACCCCUGCAGCGCGCUUUGAAGAGGAUGGCGUCUGCGCAUGGACUCAAAUUGGCGAUCCUGUAGCCAGAGCGGGAGGAAGUUUCACCACACAUCCGUCCAUCGCUGGGAACCAAGAUGCUGGCUUUUUGGCUUCUUCACCAUGGAAAAACACGUUGUUCGACGCAGCCAAAGCCUCCAAAGAGGAUCCGGUUGUUUCCGGAGGACCCUCAUAUUACAGCUCGGAGAUCCCACUGCAACCAUCGCAACCACCUUUCCUGCGGCAUUCAUAUUCAGAUUUCGCUACUGACAGUGAUUGGGCGAGCCCUAACGUCGAUUUGUGGCAUACUGGCGAUGCUGGCUAUUUUGAACACUCGCAUCUUGCCGAUGCGUCCCCUGCAAACAUGUCUCCCCUGUCAAGGCAAUCUAGCAACGACUUUUCGUCUUUGGAGUCCCCCUCUUAUCGUAACGUUUUCAACGAGGAGCCGGCACACUACUAUGAAACGCCUUUGUCUGAAGCACGCUCCUCUCUGCAGAGUCACCUAGAAAGUAUUGACCAAGAGUCAGAUGUUGCCACUCCAGUGUCGGCUCAUCAGCACCAGCAGCGCCGUCGUCGCUCAGUUCGUAAGGGUCGUCGCCAUAGUGCUGCUGGCCUCAGUGCAACCCCCAGUGGCUCCCGCAGGUCAUCGGUUACUGACAAAAAACUUGUCUGCCCGCUUUGCAACAAGGUUUUCCAGCGCGACCUGGCCAGACAUUUGCGCACGCACGAGUCAACAGCCAGAUUUAUCUGCCCCUUCCCCCGUGAUCAGUGCUCUCAUAAACGUGGUCAGUUCAAUCGGGGUUACGAUUUCAAGAAGCACUUGCUGCACUACCAUUUCACAUUUUCAGAUGCAGGUACAGCACGUAAACUUCGGGAUUUGAACGGCAAGCUAAGCUUCCAGGGCCGCUGCUGCUGCGGCGACGAGCACGAGUUCGACGCGGAAGAAUGGCUUGACGAUCACAUCACUUGCGAACCGCCAAGGUGUCCCUUACUCAAAGGACGAACCAAAGAGGUCGUACUUCAGGAGGCUAUACAAAGAGCCGCGCACGAAGAAAAAAAUGGUCGCAGAUGA